AUGGGUCCUGACGCCAAGAAGAAAAGAAAUCAAAAGAAGAAGCUCAAACAAAAGCAGAAGAAGGCGGCUGCCCGAGCGAGUGAGAAUUCCUUUACGGAAAAUACUGAUGCUUUGAAUGCCGCUGCUGCUGAAAGUCCUUCUGAGCGUAGCAAUGAGCAAUCAAACCAAUCCACAGAGGAUGUUAAUGCUACACACCACGCAAACGACGACGAGGGAAAAGCUGAAAGUUCGCAAGGCCUAAUUGUCAAAGACUCUCCUCUGGAAGCCUCGACAGAAUCUGCUAAUGCUAACCAGACGUUGGACUAUGAACCAGAAGCUACAGCAGAGAUUGUUCAGUCGCAGAUGAAGACUUCCGACGAGCCUGAAAAUAACCUCGCAGAUCAAGAAAGUGUUCCAAUGAACUUAAAUACAAAUGACUUUCACGAGAAAGAUCAGUUACCUAUCACUAACUCAUCUAGUCAGAUAGAUGAUAAUACGACUUUUGAAGAGGGUGUAGAUCAAGAUAAUGGUGAAGCAGCUGAAUCGAAAUUGUCAAACCUCGGAAUUACGAUUUCUGAACCAUCCGCUGGAGUCACUACGGAAGGAGAUAACACAGAAUCUGUGAAAAAUGAAGUCAAUGAUCUAGAAGCCGAAGAAAUUUCAACCCAAGACCCUGAUAGACAACGUGAUAAUGUCAUAAAUUCAAAUGCAACGGAAGUUCUUGAUGACGAGCUUUAUUCUUCUAAACCAUCUGCUAGCUUAUCAAAUCCUUCAGAACUUUCUGUGGAUCACGCAGAGAUUGUCAUGGAGGAAGAAGAUAUUUCGAAUGUACCUUUAGUUCUGGAGGGCGGUGACGAAGACCCCUUUAUCACUAGUGAAAACAAGGAUGGAGAUUUGAAUUCGACAGUGACCGAAGAACUCGUCAAUAUUCAACAUGAUGAUCAAUCUUUGGCGGAGAAGGAUGAUAUGUACUCAACGGAGGAUCAAUUAAACAAUCAGAUGGCUCCCUCCGGUGAUCAAGCUGCAUCCUCUGAAGCGAUAAGUUCACAUAUAUCGAGCCACGAUGUAUCGGUGGAUCAACUUUCAUCGAAACACAUACAGCAAUCUGAUGAGCAUUCUCCUCAGAAUGCCUUAUUUGAGACUAACGAAAGUGAUGAGAUGAUGCCAUGGGAAUCGAACGAUAAUUCAUCCCAUAUCGAUAACAUUGUUCUAGAAACUAACAUCCAUCAAGAUUUGGAUAGUGGUGACGGCAACUUAUUUGAUGAAAAAGACCAGCACGAAAAAAUGCCUUGGGAAACUGCGAUCGAGCCAACUACUGAUGAUCACCAUUCAGACAAUAUUAUUCUGGAAGACAAUUCCGUGAUACAUAAUGCUAAUGACAAUAACCGCGACGAAGUCCCAACGCAAAAGGACAAUGAAGCGCAUGAGUAUCAACUGAUAGAUAAACAAGAGGAAAACAGUCUUUUCCAAGAUGAAUGUAACGAAGAAGGUGAGCCCCUCCCAUGGGAAACCACGAAAGCUUCAGAAGUUGCAGGCACUCCAACCAUGUUGCAAACCUUAGAAGAAACACCUCAUGAAAAUAAUGAUAGGGAGAAAUUAAUUGAAAAAAAGUUUUCUUUCUUGGAAAAUGAUGACGAUUUUCUUGAUGAAGAUGAUGAUAGCUUUUUAGGGUCAGAUGAAGAAUUUCCUAUUGCUCAAGAUACCUCUAGCAUUCAAUCAAGACCGAAAGCAACGUCACAGGAUCACACCAAGAGAUAUCAGCCAUCAACGAGUUCUGAUGUCAGCGGCAGUAUAAGCAAUCCAAUUUAUAGUGGCGUUGCUACUUAUCCAGCAACGCAGCCGGUUGCAAAUAUUAUUGGUAAUACAGCAAUUUCCGAAGCCAAAGAAGUGAGAUCAAAAUAUGCACCAUCAUUUGGAAGUCAACAGAGGGAACCAUCAAUUCAUUCAGUUGGAACACCUGUUAUAGUAAAUUCGACGGUGCCAAAUCAGCCGCAACCAUUCAUUCAGCCUGUAAAGCAGGAUCCGACCAUUUUUAAAAAGUUAGAUGAAGAAAAGAAAAAAUCAGACGCGUACGAUCUUCCUUUUGAAGUUGUGAUGCGAAAGCCCACGAAAAUUGCACAUGCGAAACCUUUUGGUGUUUCAACUUCGAAUAUCAAUUCAAGAAGCUCAUCUGGUUCACUCUCCUCUGCCCAAUUCAAUCCUGGUCAGGCUGGAAGAACUCCUUCAACAUCAACUAGCCAUGGUCAACCUAAUCAGCAGCAAACCAUUCCAGCGGCCGUACCUGUCAAGCAAAAUAGGGCUCCGCCGGUAAAGUUAUCACAUUUUCCCACGCCUGCAGUAAAUGAUGCCACUGCUCCUGUCAAUUCGAGCUCGCUAAAUCCUCAGUUUCCGGGUUCUGGAAACCAGGCCCCCGUUUCGCAAACUGAGUCGGUUCGUACAAAUCCUUACGCCCCUGUGAAUAUCCAUCCCGAGGGAAAGGACCAUCAACUUCACUCCGGAUCUGCGACAAUAGCUCAUAAUAAUGCCCCGCCAUCUUCUAAGAGAUAUGCCCCCAUCACCUCAAGUCAUGAACCACCAAAAAUGGUAAAAUCUGGUCCACCUUACUCAGGCCAAAGUUUGAGAGCCCGUGCGUUCAGUAACGUAUCUAACGGAAGUGCAGGUUCUUUAGGGAGCCAAACAUCAGCGAAAUAUGGUUUCCCUCAAUUAUCUCAACCCCAAAGGCCUCACGUUGCUAAUGCCUUGAACCAGGUAGGUCCAGGAGACGGAGUACCAGCUUUAUCGUCACUAAAAGUUUACGGUUUACCAAUCACCAAUCAGCCUGUAUUGUCGCCAAAUACGCAAAGAAGAACACACGCUCGGUCAAAUUCUAGCGUCUAUGCACCUGCGCAUGCAUCGAAAUAUGCGCCAACUGUUCAACCUCAAUAUCAUGAACCUUACGUGCCUGUUAUGGAUAGCACUGUAUCCAACUUUCCAACUCAGAUGGUGGGGGACAGCCAAAUAGGCCCUCGUGCUGGACUUAACGUCAACCCUUAUCGUGACGACGCUAGAACUCCUCAGAUCGAUAACUCCUCAUUGCUUCAAAGGCAAUUUCCUAUUUUUCACUGGGGAAAAUCUUCAAAAGUUGUGUACGCACUACCACCUUCCCCAGAGUCGGGUAUUUACAUUACGAGUAAUGUCGUGCCAUCAGUUAACGUGGUUGGAUAUGAUAUGAUUUUGAAAGCACCUUUAGUGUUGAAAUCUUUUGCAGGCCCAUUGGUUCGCCACAAAACUAAGCGGAAAGAAGUAAUCAAAUGGAUUGACGAUCUCAUUGAGCAGCUUUCGAGGGAACAGCCUCUCGAAGACUUAACUAUGUGGCAAAUUUUCAAGGCACUGCUGGCUGACAAUAUUAGUACAAAGGAGAUAGCAAAUAUUCUCUACAAUUCUGACGAGCUAUUACCAUACCUAUCUCAGCCAAUACGUACCAAUCGAAAGGAGUUGAACGCUCAUAAGCUAGAUGAAAAUAGUCGACUAAAAAUUUUGGCUUUUCUACAAACAGGCCGGCACGAAGAAGCUCUUGAACUAGCUCUAAGUGAAAGAGACUUUGCACUAGCGCUAAUGCUAAGCAGUAUGUCUGGCAAAGAAAAGUGGUCGCAAGUUGUUGAUGCCUACUUGAGAGAAGAAUUCAGCACUGCUCAUUCAAAUGGGGACUCGCCAGUAAAUCUUUUAACUCUAAUUUUUCAAGUUUUUGUUGGAAACGCUAAAAAAGUCAUUCAGGAUAUUGAAAGUGAUCAAUCUAAACUAAUGUGGGCCCUACAAAAUUGGAAGAUGAUCUUGUCUGCGGUUUUAAAUAACGCAGAUGGUUAUUCAAAGGAGGCUCCCAGUGAUAAUGUGUUGCUGUUACCUUCAGUUGUUUUGGAAUUUUUGGUGAGGUUUGGUGUUUUUCUAAUCGAAAGAGGUGUCUUACUCGGUGGAGCAUUAGCAUUUAUAGUCGCGAAUGUACCAAUGUCGACUAGUGAUAAAAUUUUGGAUAGCACUGUUGCUUUCCAGAGCUUUGGUAAUCCAACUUCCGUGGAGAGCAUCCUUUAUUCAGAACUUUAUGAAUAUACUUUCAGGACUAACGACCCCAAGUUUACUGGCUUUGAGUGUUUAUUGCCACUAAAGAUGGCACACGCGUCUCUUCUUGCAGAUUACGGUUUGGCCUCGUAUGCUUCGAAAUAUACAGAUAUGCUUGCAGCCUCAAUCAGAUCGUUGCCUAAGAAUACAUUAACGGCAAUGAGACUGGCGUCUCAAUUGAAUUCGUUGACAUCUAGGCUUCUAGGUUCAAAUGGCGGUUGGUUAGGUAAGCCCAAGUUGAGUAAUGUUUGGGGGCAGUUAGAUAAAUCGUUUAACAGGUUUAUUGGGGGGGAUGAUGAUGAAGUCCUGAACAAAUCUGCAGAAAAGACGGUUUUUGACAGUUUUACUCCCAGUAGUUCAAGGAAUGCGUCAAUGGUAGAUCUCAGUCAACAGUCGGCAGGCAUCGGUGUGAUGGGCGGCGCCAUAACAGCCACUGGACAACUUGGACAAGUGGCGUUCGGACAAGAGAGGGCAGCGAACUAUCUUCCCAAUUCGGUAGGCAUGCAAAUGCAGGCAGUUAGCGGGAUAACAAGUACAAGUUCAAGCAAACGCCCAAGUAUAGGAGGAGGUCGCGCUACAAGUCAGAAAUUUGUACCUCAAGGAGUUAAUGCUUCCAAUUUUGCUAAGUCAAGCCCUGGCGGAUUUACCACAACAUCUCCAAUGAAAAUUGCUAAUGGUGCAAUGAACUCUCAAGACAAUCUCACUACUGAUUCCUCAAUACCAGCUUCGAGAAAUUAUCCAGUACCUUCUGCUACAACCCCACCACCCCUUUUCUCAAAAAAGUUGAGAAGCAGGCAUACAAUCCCCACAUUUGAAAAGGUUGGAUCGUUAGAUGAACUUUACAAUCUUGGCUCGACGUCCAAAUCAAGCGCCGCAAAAAAAACAUAUGAGCAAAUGGCGUCUGGAAAUGACUUGAUAUCAUCCCCACACAUUCCAGCUGUGAAUUCAAGACAGAGUAGUCGAAAGGGAAGUAGGAGGAACUCACUUCAAUCGACUGGUAGUAAUGGGACGACAAGCAUUCUGUCAAGCUCUCCAAGAGGUCCUAAGCAUGUUGCCAUUCUUUCUGGGAAUAGUGUUUCACAACAAGCCUCAUCUAUUGAAAAUAACACUUCGCCUAGUCAGAAAAACAGUCUUAACAAAAAUUUCUCAGAAAAUCCUGGCAACGUGAUUCCAUCAUUUAGUUCUCCCCCAACUUCACAUAAUACCAUCUCAGAAAUCAUUAAUGAGGAAAUUGAGACAUCGAGCUUGCCUGAAAAUUCAGAUGAAGUAUCAGAUCCCGUUGAUUUGAAUUUUCAAGAAGAGACGACUGACAACAAUGGAGCGAAACAGGAUAUUGUCGAAACUUCUGAAAACGAAGAAAAGAUCAGCGAUUGGGAUCCCAGCUCCCAUCAAGCUAAUCUAUCUCCAAAUUACCGCUUGUCUGCUGAAGUCAUAGAUAGUGUCCCAAUCGCAGACGGAGCAUUUGAAAAAAAUGUUCAACGUGUCAAUAAAAACGUCACUUCGUCUGAAACAAUGACUUCUGUCUCUAUUGAGAGGACCCCGUAUGUUCCCAAUACGAAUUUGUCAUCCCAAAGUUCGAAAAUUACUGAAACUGCUUCCGAAAAAACUUCACGUAAGGCAACUUCUGAUGCUUUGAUUCCUCAACAUACUACGACUUUGGAAGAGUCAGGGUCAAAACUUGGUAAUGACUAUCAAACUACAAGAGAGUUUGGAGAUUCUGAGGCCAAAAAUGAUAUAGGUGAUGUUUCUGACGAGCAAGCAGAUAUCAAUGCAGCCAGGGUGGCGUUAUCAAUUCCACCAGACAUUCCCUCUAACUCUCUGGAAUUCCCUGCUAAUUCCUCAUCUUCUGCUACAGCUAACCUCGCUAGUGGAGAAAACCAGAUGGACGAGCGUCAUACAAACGUCAACAGUUUGGAAUCUCUCCAGACAACUCACAGUUCACCGGCGAACCCAUAUGCUCCUCGUUCUUCCGUUAAUUCUCGCACCUAUGCUAGUCCUUAUGCACCAACCAAUCAAAAGUCAAAGCAUAGCACGCCUAAUCCCUAUGCACCUAAUCAUGAAGAAUUGAACGAAUCUUCCACGAACAACAUUUACGCUCCAAAGGCGACGAUUCCACGUUUCAACCCUAAUACGGACAUGCAGGAAUUGAGCGAGCUUGAUAUGUUCUCAUAUGGUGGUUAUAAAACUGAGGAGCAAAAGCAAAAUGAAGAGUCAUUGCCCCCUCCGCAAUUCGAGCAAGAAGAUACGAAGGAUAAUGAAGUUCAGACUAGUGAUCAAGACCAGGAUAGCUUAGUGACAGAGACAGUCGAAUCCAACUCACAGCCACAGUCAAGAUUCGAUCCAAUUGCUGAGUCGGAUCCUGCGUUAGUCCAACCCUUCAAUCCUAUGGCGGUACCAAUCAUCAGGCCUGCAUCUAAUCCUAAUUUCAAACCUUUCACACCAGCUUCAGCAUCUAACGCAGAAGAGUAUUACGAUGACGUAGUUGAGGAUGAAUCCGAUGAAGAAGAAAAGGAACAGGAAGAUCGUAUCAAAAGGGAAGAAGCUGCAAGAAAAAAGCGAUUGGAGGAAGAGAAAGAAAAAGAGAAGGAGAAGAAGGCCAAAAAUCAUGACAAAGAGAAAGGGAAUAGUGGGACUUGGUUUGGCUGGCUCAAGAAAGACACUAAUGAAAAAAAACCUAUUAAAGCUAAAUUAGGUCAUCAAAACACGUUCUAUUAUGAUGAUAAGUUGAAACGGUGGGUAAACAAAAAUUCUACCGAAGAAGAAAAGCAGGAAAUUGCAACCCCCCCACCACCUCCGCCUGUUAUCAAACGAAAGCUGCCCAAUAAGAUAGAGGUGAAGCCUAGGUCAGGUUCUAUCGCGGGUGGUGCGGCUGCUAGGACAGCAGGAGUGGUAACCCCACUUAAUCCACUCACUGGUCAGCCUAUGCUUCCUGUUGAAGAAAGCAACAAGAAAUCUUCGAGUAUUUCUCCCACCUUCGGCAUUCCUGUUAACUUGUCAGGAAAGAAAGCCAAUGGGCUCGAUGAUUUAAUAUCUCUUGCUGGUGGACCAACACCUGCGGGAGGUGCACGAAGAAAGAAAAAGGCCAACCGAGGUUAUGUCAAUGUCAUGAAUAAUGCGUGA